GUGUACCCGCCAGCCACCGCCAGCCAUGGCAGGGCCCCGGGGCCUCCUCCUGCUCUGCCUCCUAGCCUUCUGUCUGGCAGGCUCCAACUUCAUCAGGGGGCAGAAGGGCUCCUCAGCCUGAAGGUGAGAGGGCCAGCCUCACCUGGGGAUUGGCGAUGUGAUCACCCCCAACUCAUACCCCACACGGGGUCACAAACUGAGAGACUCACGUGGACCAUGUGUGUGCCUGCUGGGAGUGUGUGCACAUGUGAGAGUGUGCCCCAAGAGUGCCCUGGAGGCGGGAUGAGAGCUACUCACUCCUGCGUCCUCUGGGAAAGCAGAUUACACCCUCAAUCCUAAAAGCUACAUAAAGAACAAUGGUGAGUGCACAGCUGGGGCACUAUCCCCCUGAACCUUCACAACCACACGGCAUGUGUUAUCCGUGAGGAAGCCAAGCCCAAGAAAUGGUGGAGACAGGUCACCCCACUCCAAACCACUGCCCGCCCCUCCCCAUGCAGGCUGCUAGAUGAGUGGGCAGGGACCUGUAUAUGUCCCCUCAGAUCCUGCCGGUCCACCCAGGCCCAUGGGAGGGAUGUGGUCCCUUUGGGACCUCUGGAAGAGCCUCCCACCUGAGUGGGCAGAUAGCAUCUCCUGGAAGGGUCAUGCCCUCCCCUUGGAGCCAAGUUCCCCAAGGCGUUAAUGGGCAGACUGAGAGCAAGAGAGGGGAAGGAUUUGCUCAGGGUUCCACUGUCAGGCAGUACCAGGACGGGCACCCAGGCCUCCUGCCACCAUUGGACUCUCUCCUUGUGUUCCAUGUGGUGAGAAGGAGCAGAGAGAAGGACCUCACCAAGUCAGAGUGGGGGACGGGCAGACCUGGGGCUGAGAAGACAUCGGUGAUGGUGGAAGAGCCAAAUGUUCCAAGGCUGUGCUGUGUUGAGCCCUGUGGGUGCGGUCCAAACGCUGCGACACAAAGACCAAGUUUGUCACGCAUACCCCCUGCACCCCAUGUGUCGUUGUCAAGAGGCGAGUGUGUCCCCCAGGCUGGUUCCGGCAGUUCCCUGAAAAGAUAUCACAGGACUGCAGCUACGAGGUGCAGCUGGGGGACACCUUGCUGCCCAUGAGCGGCUGCAGCCUGGAUUGCUGGAAGGAAGUGGUACAGAAGGCCUGCUGCCCCGGCUACUGGGGAUCUGAGUGCUACGAGUGCCCUGGGGGUGCUGAGACCCCAUGCAAUGGCCGUGGGACCUGCCUGGAUGGCAUGACCAGGAAUGGGACCUGUGUGUGCCAGGAAAACUUCAGCGGCUCAGCCUGUCAGGAAUGCCGAGAUCCCAGCCGGUUUGGGCCUGACUGCCAGUCCGUGUGCAGCUGCGUGCAUGGUGUGUGUAGCCGUGGACCGCGUGGGGAUGGGAGCUGCCUGUGCUUUGCUGGAUACACCGGCCCCCGCUGUGACCAAGAGCUGCCAGUCUGCCAGGCCCUGAGUUGCCCCAAGAACUCCCAGUGCUCUGCAGAGGAUCCCACUUGCCACUGCCUGCCUGGCCACACCCAGCAGGGCAGUGAGUGCCGAGCCCCUGACCCCUGCCGGCCACCAUCACCCUGCGCCCCAUCAGCACAGUGUUCGGUGAGCCCCACAGGGAAGGCACAAUGUCGCUGCAGAGAGGGCUACCACGGUGACGGGAUGGUGUGUCUGCCCCAGGACCUGUGUACUGCCAAUAACGGUGGCUGCCCCAGCAACUCCACUUUGUGCAUGUACCAGUGGCCAGGCAAGGUCUCCUGCUCGUGUAAGCCCGGCCUGGUCAGCAUCAGCCACAAUGCCUCUGCCGGCUGUGUCGCCCUCUGCUUCCCCCACUCCUGUGACCGGUCAGCCACCUGCCAGGUGACCCCCGAUGGGAAGAUCAGCUGUGUGUGCAAGGAGGGCGAGGUGGGGGAUGGGCGCGCCUGCUACGGGCACCUGCUCCACGAGGUGCGGAAGUCCAGCCAAGUGGGCCUGGUGUUCCUGCGUCUGAGAGCAGCCGUCGACAUGCUGGACCAGGGCUGCCGGGAGCUCCUCACCACGUCAGGCCCAUUCACCGUGCUUGUGCCAUCUGUUGUCUCCUUCUCCAAGAGUGUGAACGAGUCCGUUGCCCAGCAGCUCUGCAGACAGCAUGUCAUCGCAGGCCAGCACGUGCUGGAGGAGGGGGGCCCACAGACACGCAGGUGGUGGACGCUAGCCGGGCAGCUCAUCACUGUCACCUUCAACAGCUUCGUGCGCAAAUACACCUACACAUACGAAGACCAGCCCCAGAAGACACUCAGCAUCCAGAGGCCCAACUACCCAGCUGCCAACGGUGUCUUCCACGUGGUCACCACCCUGCGGUUGGAGCCCCCCUCAGGGGUCCCUGGGGACCCCAAGAGAACUAUCGGCAGGAUCCUCGCCUCCACCGAGGCUUUCAGCCGCUUUGAGACCAUCCUGGAGAACUGUGGGCUGCCCUCCAUCCUGGAUGGGCCUGGGCCCUUCACAGUCUUUGUCCCAAGCAACGAGGCUGUGGACAACUUGCGUGACGGCCGCCUCAUCUACCUCUUCACAGAUGGUCUCUCCAAACUGCAGGAGUUGGUGAGGUACCACAUCUAUAACCACGGCCAGAUGACCACUGAGAAGCUCAUCUCCAAGGGUAGGGUACUCACCAUGGCAAACCAGGUCCUGGCCGUGAACAUCUCUGAGGAGGGACGCAUCCUGCUGGGACCUCAGGGGGUCCCGCUGCGGCAAGUGGAUGUGCUGGCUGCCAAUGGUGUGAUCCAUGUGCUGGAGGGCAUCCUGCUCCCCCCAACCAUACUGCCCAUCCUGCCCAAGCACUGCCAUGAGGAGCAGUACAAGAUAGUGUUGGGCUCCUGUGUGGACUGCCAAGCCCUGAACACCAGUGCAUGCCCCCCCAACAGCAUGGAGCUGGACAUCUUCCCCAAGGAGUGUAUCUACAUUCAUGAUCCUACUGGGCUCAACGUCCUGAAGAGAGGCUGUGCCCGCCACUGCAACCAGACCAUCAUAAAGCCUGGCUGCUGCAAAGGGUUUUUUGGUCCUGACUGUGCACAGUGUCCUGGGGGUUUCUCCAACCCCUGCUAUGGCAAAGGCAACUGUAGCGAUGGGGUCCGGGGCAACGGGGCCUGCCUCUGCUUCCCAGACUACAAGGGCAUUGCCUGCCACAUCUGCUCCGACCCAAAGAAACAUGGAGACCAGUGCCAGGAAGACUGUGGCUGUGUCCAUGGACUGUGUGACAACCGUCCAGGCAGUGGGGGUGUAUGCCAGCGUGGCACGUGUGCCCCUGGCUUCAGUGGCCGCUUCUGCAACGAGUCCUUAGGGGACUGUGGGCCCACGGGCCUGGCCCAGCACUGCCACCAGCAUGCCCGCUGCGUCAGCCAAGAGGGUGUUGCCAGGUGUCUCUGCCUUGAUGGCUUUGAGGGUGAUGGCUUCUCCUGUACAUCCAGCAACCCCUGUUCCCACACAAACCGUGGUGGCUGCUCAGAGAAUGCCGAGUGUGUCCCCGGAGCCCCAGGUGCCCACAGCUGCAAGUGUCACAAAGGCUGGAGCGGGGACGGCCGGGUCUGUGUGGCCAUCGAUGAGUGUGAGCUGGAUGCUCGAGGUGGCUGCCAUGCUGAUGCCCUCUGCAGCUAUGUGGGUCCCGGGCAGAGCCGGUGCACCUGCAAGCUGGGCUUCGCCGGGGAUGGCUACCUGUGCAGCCCCAUUGACCCCUGCCGGGUAGGCAAUGGUGGCUGCCAUGACCUGGCCACCUGCCGGGCAGUAGGGGGAGGUCAGCGGGUCUGCACUUGCCCCCUUGGCUAUGGGGGUGACGGCUUCAGCUGCUAUGGAGACAUCUUGAGGGAGCUGGAAGCAAAUGCUCACUUCUCCGUCUUCUCCCAGUGGAUCAAGAACGCCAGCAUCACCCUUCCUGCCGACAGCCGCAUCACAGCCUUGGUGCCUUCUAAGUCUGCCAUCCGAGGCUUGAGCGCCGAGGACCGGGCCUUCUGGCUGCACCCAAGGAUGCUGCCGCAGCUGGUCAGGGUCCAUUUUCUCCAGGGUGCCUACUCUGAGGAGGAGCUGGCCAGGCUGGAUGGGCAGGAUGUGGCUACCCUGAGCCCCACCACACGCUGGGAGAUUCACAACAUUAGUGGGAGGGUCUGGGUACAGAAUGCCAGUGUGGAUGUGGCUGACCUCCUUGCUACCAACGGCGUCCUGCACACCCUCAGCCAGGUCUUACUGCCUCCACGUGGGGACGUGCUGCAGCGCCAGGGGUUGCUGCAACAGCUGGGCUCCGAGCCAGCCUUCAGCCUCUUCCAGGAGCUGCUGCAGCGCCACAGCCUGGUGCCCCAGAUUGAGGCCGCCCCUGCCUAUACCAUCUUCGUGCCCACAAAUCGAUCGCUGGAGGCCCAGGGCAACAGCAGCAGCCUGGACGUGGACAUAGUGAGACACCACGUGGUCCUGGGUGAGGCACUGUCCAUGGAAGACCUGAGGAGAGGGGGACACCGCAACUCCCUUCUGGGUCCUGCCCACUGGCUGGUCUUCUACAACCACAGUGGCCAGCCUGAGGUGAACCACGUGCCGCUGGAAGGCCCCAUCCUGGAAGCCCCAGGCCGCUCACUGUUCGGCCUGUCUGGCGUCCUGAAGGUGGGCUCAAGCCGCUGCCUGCACAGUCAUGCCGAGGCUCUGCGGGAGAAAUGCAUCAACUGCACCCGGAAAUUCCGCUGCACCCACGGCUACCAGCUGCAGGACACCCCCAGGAAGAGCUGUCUCUACCGCUCUGGCUUAUCCUUCUCCCAGGGCUGUUCUUACACGUGCGCCAAGAAGAUUGAGGUGCCUGACUGUUGCCCUGGCUUCUUUGGCACACUGUGUGAGCCGUGCCCGGGGGGCCUGGGCGGUGUGUGCUCGGGCCAUGGGCAGUGCCAGGACAGGCUCCUAGGCAGCGGGGAGUGUCGCUGCCAGGAGGGCUUCCAUGGAACAGCCUGUGAGAUGUGUGAGCUGGGCCGCUACGGGUCCAACUGUGCUGGAGUGUGUGACUGCGCCCAUGGGCUGUGCCAGGAGGGGCUGAAUGGAGACGGAAGCUGUGUCUGUAAUGUAGGCUGGCAGGGCCUCCGCUGUGACCAGAAAAUCACCAGCCCUCAGUGUCCAAAGAAAUGCGACCCCAAUGCCAACUGCAUUCAGAACUUGGCUGGAGCCCCUGCCUGUGUCUGCGCUGCAGGAUACUCGGGCAAUGGCACCCACUGUUCAGAAGUGGACCCCUGUGCCCAUGACCACGGGGGCUGCUCCCUCCAUGCCAACUGCACCAAGGUGGCACCUGGACAGCGGACAUGCACCUGCCAGGAAGGCUAUACGGGCGAUGGAGAGCUGUGUGAGGAGGCUAACAGCUGUCUCAUCCGCCAUGGGGGCUGCCACAUUCAUGCCGAGUGCAUCCCCACCGGCUCCCAGCAGGUCUCCUGCAGCUGCCGCGAGGGUUACAGCGGAGAUGGCGUCCGGACCUGUGAGCCCCUGGACCCCUGCUCCCAGCACAAUGGAGGCUGUAGCCCCUACGCAGUGUGCAAAAGCACGGGGGAUGGUCAGAGGACAUGUACCUGUGAUGCGGCCCACACCGUGGGUGAUGGGUUCACCUGCCGUGCCCGAGUUGGCCUGGAGCUCCUCCGGGACAAGCAUGCUUCAUUCUUCACCCUCCACCUCCUGGAGCACAAGGAGCUCAAGGGCGACGGGCCAUUCACAAUCUUCGUGCCGCACUCGGACCUAAUGACCAACCUGACGCUGGAUGACCUGGCCCGGAUUCGCGCACACCGCCAGCUCGUCUUCCGCUACCACGUGGUCGGCUGCCGGCAGCUAGGAAGCCAGGAGCUGCUGGACACCGAGUACGUCACGGCGCUGUCCGGGCACUCGCUGCGCUUCAGCGAGAGGGAGGGCAUCAUGUACAUCAAUGACUUCGCGCGCAUCGUGAGCAGCGACCACCAGGCGGUGAACGGCGUCCUGCACUUCAUUGACCGUGUCCUGCUGCCGCCCGAUGCGCUACACUGGGAGCCUGACCCUGCCCCAACCCCACAGAGAAACGUCACCGCCGCUGCCGAGAGCUUCGGUUACAAGAUCUUCAGUGGCCUCGUGACGGUGGCUGGCCUCCUGCCUUUGCUUCGAGAUGUGUCCCAUAGACCCUUCACAAUGCUGUGGCCCACAGACUCCGCCCUGCGAGCCCUGCCCCCUGAGCGCCAGGAUUGGCUGUACCAUGAGGCUCAUCGUGACAAGCUGGCAGCCAUUCUGCGGGGCCAUGUGAUCCACAAUGUCGAGGCUUUGGCAUCUGACCUGCCCAAUCUGGGCCCACUCCGCACCAUGCAUGGGACCCCCAUCUCCUUCUCCUGCAGCCGCACCCGACCCGGUGAACUCAUGGUGGGUGAGGAUGAUGCCCGCAUUGUGCAGCGGCACCUGCCCUUUGAGGGUGGCCUGGCCUAUGGCAUUGACCAGCUGCUGGAGCCACCAGGCCUUGGUGCCCGCUGUGACAGCUUUGAGACCCGGCUAAUGCAAAAGGCCUGCAGCAUCUGUGGGCUGGAGCCACCUUGUCCUCAGGGCUGGAAAGAGCAGGGCAGCCCCGAGGCCUGCUGGCACUUCUACACAAAGUUCCGGCCACACUCUUCACUGCGCCCCUGGGCGCAGAGCAGCCUCUGGGGGCGGUCCAGCCUCUGGGGGCGGCCCAGCCUCUGGGGCCAUUCCCAGGGCCUGGGCAGAGGCUGCCGCCGAAACUGUAUCACUACCACCUGGAAGCCCAGUUGUUGCUCCGGUCACUAUGGCAGUGAGUGCCGAGCAUGCCCCGGGGGCCCUAGCAACCCCUGUAGUAACCAUGGCGUGUGCUUGGAUGGCAUGAGCGGCAGCGGGCAGUGCAGGUGCCACUCGGGCUUCGCUGGGACAGCGUGUGAACUCUGUGCCCCAGGUGCCUUUGGGCCCCACUGCCAAGCCUGCCGCUGCACCUCCCAUGGCCAUUGUGAUGAGGGCCUUGGGGGCUCUGGCACCUGCUUCUGUGAUGAGGGCUGGACUGGGCCCCACUGUGAGGUGCAGCUGGAGUUGCAGCCUGUGUGCACCCCACCCUGCGCUCCCCAGGCCAUGUGCCGUGUGGGCAACAGCUGUGAGUGCAGCCUGGGCUAUGAAGGGGACGGCCACGUGUGCACAGUGGUAGACCUGUGCCAGGUUGGGCGUGGCGGCUGCAGUGAGCAUGCCAACUGCAGCCAGGUGGGCACAGUGGUCAUCUGCACCUGCCUGCCCGACUAUGAGGGUGAUGGCUGGAUCUGCCAGGCCCGAAACCCCUGCGAAGACGGCCACCGUGGGGGCUGCAGCGAGCAUGCUGACUGCCUCAGCACUGGUCCGAACACACGGCGCUGUGAGUGCCACGCUGGCUUCAUGGGUGAUGGGCUGCAGUGUCUGGAGGAGCCCGAGCCACCUGUGGACCGCUGCCUGGGCCAGCCUCGGCCUUGUCAUGCAGAUGCCGUGUGUACUGACCUGCACUUCCAGGGUGUGCACCCCUGUCCGUUCCCUGUGCCUCUGCGUUCCCCUCUGUGUCUCCUAGCUGAUCAUGCACUCCUCUCCUACGCAGAGAAACGGGCUGGGGUCUUCCACCUCCAGGCCACCAGCGGCCCUUAUGGCCUGACUUUCUCAGAGGCCAAGGCAGCGUGUGAGGCCCAGGGAGCUGUUCUGGCUUCUCUCCUUCAGCUCUCUGCUGCCCAGCAGCUGGGCUUCCACAUGUGUCUUGUGGGCUGGCUGGCCAAUGGGUCGGCUGCCUACCCCGUCGUUUUCCGUGCGGCAGACUGCGGGGAUGGCCAGGUGGGCAUAGUCAGCCUGGGCACCCGUCAGAACUUUUCGGAGCGCUGGGAUGCCUAUUGCUACCGCAUACAAGAUGUGGAAUGCCAGUGCCGCGACGGCUUUGUGGGCGAUGGGACCAGCAUGUGCAACGGGAAGCUGCUCGAUGUACUGGCUGCCACUGCCAACUUCUCUACUUUCUAUGAGAUGCUGUUGGACUAUGCCAAUGCCACCCAGAGAGGUCUUGACUUCCUGGACUUCCUGGAUGACGAGCUCACCUACAAGACACUCUUUGUCCCUGUCAACGAAGGCUUUGUGGACAACAUAACACUGAGUGGCCCAGACCUGGAGCUGCACGCCUCCAACACCACCUUCCUGAGCACCAACGCCAGCCAGGGUACUUUGCUCCCCGCCCACUCGGGCCUCAGCCUCGUCAUCAGUGACUUGGGUCCUGGCAACAGUUCUCGGGCCCCUGUGGUCCCAGGGGCAGUUGUGGUUGGCAGUGUCAUCCAGUGGGACAUCAUAGCCUUCAAUGGCAUCAUCCAUGCUUUGGCCAGCCCCCUCCUGACACCUCCACAGCCCCGGGCGGUGCUGGCACAUGAAAUCCCACCCGUGGCAGCAACUGUGGGGGCUGUGGUGGCCAUUGGAGCACUGCUCAGCCUAGUGGCCGGAGCCAUCUACCUCCGUGCCCGAGGCAAGACCGCAGGCUUUGGCUUCUCCACCUUCCAGGCGGAAGAUGACGCUGAUGAUGACUUUUCCCCAUGGCAGGAGGGGACCAGCCCAACCCUGGUCUCCAUCCCCAACCCUGUCUUUGGCAGCCAUGAUGCUUUUUCUGAGCCCUUUGAUGACUCACUCCUAGAGGAGGACUUCCCUGACACCCAGAGGAUCCUGGCAGUCAAGUGAUGCUGGGGAUGAAGCAGAGGCAUGUGCAAGAAGGAGACGGAUGGCAUUUAUUGCUUG